AUGGAGCUCUUUGAGACCAACCCUUAUUUCUUUCCAGAGCAGAGGUUCUACGAUGGGGAGACCUUCCUUGGCUCCCGCUUGCAGGGCUACGAGCCGGCGGCGCUGCCCGAGCGGCCCGAGGGGACACUGUGUGCCGAGGGCAGAGUGGCUCUGCAGGACAAGGACUCCUCGCUGGCCGAGCACUGUCCCGGGCAGUGCCUGCCCUGGGCCUGCAAGGUGUGCAAGAGGAAGACGGUGCGGCGAGCGGCCACGCUGCGCGAGAAGCGCAGGCUGAAGAAGGUGAACGAGGCGUUCGAGGCGCUGAAGCGCAGUACUCUGCUCAACCCCAACCAGCGCCUGCCCAAGGUGGAGAUCCUGCGCAGUGCCAUCCAGUACAUCGAGCGGCUCCAGAGCCUGCUCAGCUCCCUCAACCAGCAGGAGAGGGAGCAGCGCGACCUGCGUUUCCGUCCCGCCGCGCCGCAGACAGGG